AAGAACCCUGGAUGUGCUUUUUUUGCGUCGCUGUCAUCAUUGCGUCAUAGAGAGGCGCCGCGGAUGGUGUUUUGAUGUUGUUCGACGGAAACGGUUUUAAUAACAGUUUUUAAUAACAAUUUGAUCGUUACGCUGGUGGUCAAACAUGGGGAAAUCUUUUGCUAAUUUCAUGUGCAAGAAAGAUUUUCAUCCUGCAUCAAAAUCCAACAUAAAGAAGGUAUGGAUCGCAGAGCAAAAAUUAACCUUCGAGAAGAAGCAGCAGGAGGAACUGAUGCAGGCUUACGUGAAGGAGCAGGACACAUACAACAACAGACUGCUGAUGGGAGAUGAUCGAGUGAAAAAUGGCCUUAAUUUCAUGUAUGAAGCACCUCCAGGAGCAUCUAAAGAGGAGACUAAAGAGGAAGGAGAAUCUGAGUACAAGUUUGAGUGGCAGAAAGUAGCUCCUCGUGAAAAGUAUGCAAAGGAUGACAUGAAUAUUCGAGAUCAGCCUUUUGGCAUUCAGGUGCGGAAUGUGCGCUGCAUUAAGUGUCAUAAAUGGGGUCACGUGAACACGGAUCGUGAGUGUCCCCUCUUUGGCCUGUCAGGGAUCAACGCCAGCUCUAUGGCCAGUGAUGAAGCAGGUCCGUCAAUGCACCCCUCCGAGUUAAUGGCAGAGAUGCGAAACAGUGGGUUUGCGCUGAAGAAAUGUGUCCUUGGGAGGGACAGCACCAUGAGUGAUCCAGCACAGGAGCUUGUGGCCAGUGAGGAAGAGGACGACCCUGAGGUGGAGUUCCUGAAGUCUCUGACUACCAAACAAAAGCAGAAACUGCUUAGAAAACUUGACCGUCUUGAAAAGAAAAAGGAUAAGAAGAAAAAGAGUAAAAAGGAGAAAAAGAAGAGCAAAAAGAAGCAGAAAAAGAAACAAGCCAAGAGUGAGUGUUCAUCCAGCAGCUCAUCAGACAGCAGUGACAGCAGCAGCGACUCUGAGGAUGAGAAACCCUCCGGAAAGAAAGCCAAGAAGAAGAGCAAGAGAAGGAGGAACUCAACCAGUGACAGCAGCUCUGAGAGAGAGCAGGAGAAAGAACGCACCCACAGUCUGGACUCCAAACACGCACAUUCAAAACACAAUGAGCACAGAGUUCAGAGGUCACCAGACAACAAGCACAGCAGAGAGAGAUGGAGGGACGACAAAGAGAGAGGUAAAGAUAGACACAGGAGCAGGAGUAGGGAGAGGAGGAGAGAACAAAGCAGGAGCCCUCAGCGACGGAGAGAUGAGAAAGAGAGAGGUAAGGAGAGAUACAGGAGCACGAGCAGGGAGAGAGUGAGAGAGAGAAGAGACAGGAGCGGAGAACGUGACAAGGGCAAGAGGGAAAGAAGCAGAAGUCGGGAAAGAGAAAGAAACUCUGAUAGAAAUGUCAGGAGGAGGAGUGUCAGUCGGGAACGAGGGAGGGGCAGUGAAAAACGCAGCAGAAGUGAUAGUAGAGAUGCAGAGAAGAGGACAGAACGCAGCAGAGGGAAAUAGCUGGAAGUGGAUGGUCACUGUCUUGUCUCUGAUUAAAGGAUUCAUUCAAAUCAAACUUCGUACAUCAUUUUCUCACCCUCAUGUUGUUCCAAAACCUAAGCACUGUGAGUUUUUUUUUUUUUUUUUUAUAUAAAUACUCUGGUCUACUCUUUGGCCUAAUUUAUAUAUAUAUAUAAUUUUUUUUUUUUUUUUUUUUUAAUAAACUUAAUAUAGAAUGUGGCUGUCAAGCUCCAAAAUGACAAAGCAGCACCUUAAAAUGAGUCUUUGUGGUGGUUCUUGUCUGGUAUUACACGUCUUCUGGAGUCAUACAAUACCUUUUAUGUGACAAACAAACCAAAAUUCAAGUCAUUAUUCAUGUAAAUAAUUCCCCCCUUUCUUUAAAACAUCUCUGGGUCACCUGAGAACUAUUGACAUCUGAUAAUAAUUGGUAUUGAGAGCAGGAAAGGGGAAGAUUUUCAGUGAAUAUUAACUUUAAUAUUAACUAAAGUGUUCUGUUUGUCAAAUAAAUUUAUAUUCAGAAGACUCGGAAUACAGAAGUGUUUUUUUUUUUUCUUCAUUUUGGAGCUUCAUAGAUGUCACAACUGCUGUUGUGUGGAAAUAUUAGCUGUUUAAAUGUAUAUAUUUUUAAAUUUCCUUUUCUAAAUGCAUAAGGGUUUGGACCGACUUGAGGGAUGAUGAUGAAAAAUGAUGAGAGAAUCUGAAAUUUUUUGGUAAAUUAUUUGUUUUGUGCGGCUUUUCCAUUUGUUUCCCAUUUACAGGCAGCUCUGAGAAUUUCUCCAGAAGAGGGCGCUCUGAGAAUGUAGAAACGGAACCUGUUAAAGAGCACAAUUAAAAUAUAGUUUGACACUUUCAUUUUUUUUUUUUUUCAAUAUUUGCUGUAGUCCUGGUUGCCUUUUCUUUUAGCGUUUAGCCCAUCCAAAAUGUAACGUUUGUUUGACUCUUUGAGUCUUUUUUACAAGAGGUUAUAUAGCCUAUUCUACACACAAUACUGAGAUUGUACUGUACAACUCUCAAAAUACUGUAUAACUCUCAAUGAUUCAUUUUGCAGCCUGUUCAAGUUGAUUUAAUUAUAAUUUUUUAGCUUCUUCCUCACCUUAAAUGUUUAUACUCCUUGUAAAUUCAAAAAUAUGUCAAAUAAAUGUAUAAUGAAUGUGACACAAAACUCUAGUUACUCUUCAACCUCGACCACAUUCAAAAUUUUUCAUCUCAAAGACGACUGAAAAUGGUUGUUUAAAUUAUUUUUACACUAAUUUUGGAGUUUUAUUUUGGUGGCUGUUUGGUAGUUUCUUAGGAAUUGUAUCUUGAUUUAAAUUCAGGGUGAGUUUAUUAGGCUAUUUAUGUGUUUAGCUGCAAUGAAUUUUGUUUUUAAUUUUCCAGUAUAAGCAACGGAACUGAACUGUAACUGAAUAUAUUAAUAUAA